ACAACGCGGGGAUACGAUCGCCGCGCUGCCAGCAUCUUCUUUUUCUUCUUCUGCGUUUUCUCGUGCGAUUAAUCGGGCGCCAAGCACUGCGCAGAUAAUUCGUAACUGUACGACUUAACUUCGGAUGUGUUCAGCUUUGCGGAAUGACGUGAUAUUGUGGACUCUAGGAAGAAGCGAAUCAAGACGUUUAGUCUUAAGUCUGCGGCAAUUAUUAACUUUGUCCGGAACUGUGAAACGCAGAACUAUUUUUUAAGUAGCCUUGUGACAUUGACGCUCUCUGAGGUGGAGAGAUCCUCAUGUGAAUUAAAAAAAAAGAGCGAAGUUUUUAAAAGGACUUUACGUACUUUUGGCGACGAGGAGGUCACUUCCGGUGCCCUCUUUUUUUUCUGGAAGAAAAAGAGCAAUUCUUUCCUUUUUUCCAGCGGAAAACCACGAGCAGAAAUGGUCAGCAGGCGUUCAGUCGUUAUUUUAGUCGUCCUGGCAGCAGCCGUUGCGCUGAACGGAAGCUUCGCAGCGGAGGACACCAAAGAUGGCGGAGGGGAGGCUGAAAAAAGCCCGCAAGCUCUGGCGAAGAAAGAUGUCGAAUUGAAGGACGCAGAUGGACGCUACUUUGUUUUCUUCGACUUCCACAACAUCAUCAACAACCUGCUUAAAGCCACGUUGUUUUAUACGACGGGCCACGCGGACAUCAUCGCGCCCUUGAGCAACGUCGCCGUCAAAACUCCUGUGAUAGGACUCAUCACCCUCUGGCUGCUGCUGAUCCUGGUUUUCUACGAGUACACGACGGGAACCUUCUUCGGGAACGUGGCGCCUAGGACGUUCGAUUCCAGACGGGAAUCCCAUUCCAGGAUCCUGCAGGAUGUUUUGGAGUCCCUGGGUCGGGCCCUGCAGCAUCACGAAGAAGAACGAGUCCUCGACCAUUAGCUAACGACAGGAUCACGAACCCUCCGAAAAAGACGCUGACACCCGUCCCUACGGAGGAGGGAGGGAGCUGACACCCGUCCCUACGGAGGAGGGAGGGAGAGAGGUUCGUUUACACCCAUAACAUCCGCCCGAGCUGUCCCAUGAUACCACGCCCAUCGUCGCCGCUGUCGCUCAUUCGUGGAUUCUCUGGGUCACUGGAACUCCUGCCUCGCCGCCGAGAGGUCAGGUCAGGAAGCGAGAGGUCGACCUCGAAGGUCGAGGGCUUCUUCUACGUCCUGGCACGGGUCUCUCUGACGACAGUUCUGAUGUGGAGGUAAAAUCGAAACUGCUUGUCCAGACGAACGGGACUCAUUUGAGGCCAUUUUUAAAUAUUGAUUUAAGUAACUCCAGUUUCUCUUUAUCAAGUAUCUUCUUUGGUGCUUUAUAUUCUCCUAACACUUUACACUGAGAGAUAAUACGGGAUUAUUCGCUUCGGUAUGCCGGAAAAUUGUAGUACGCUGAGUUCUUCCGUCAUUCAGUGUUUUUACAGAUGUGCCAGUUUCUCAUUGAUCUAUUUGCAACCAUUAAAUAACAUAGUGUUUUAGAU